AUGGUUUUAGUUACAUAACCAUAUUUGAGAUCAAAAGAAUUAGGAGAAUUUUUUAGAUAGGACUGGUUUGAUAAAGAUAAAUUGUCAGAUCUUCAUUAUUAUAAACAUUCUUCAAUUUAUAUGCACAUCUUUGAAUAAUAUCCAUUAUUGAAUGAACCUUAUGAGGAAGUGAUCCAAUAAUAUCCUGAAUCAAUUUAAGAUUUUUUUGAGAGGUUCUCAGAAGAUUAUAAACGCAUGAGAGAGCAUUUCUCAAAAAAACACAUCUUAGUAGUAACUCAUGGGUAUGGGGUUCAUGCUAUAACAUGUAGGUGA